CUGGUUUUUCUUUCCAUAUUCAUCAAAUCUUCAAACUUUUACUUUUUGUUUAUUUGUAAACCAUAUACCAAUAUAAUGUGAACUAUUAUAUUUUAUGCCGUCAACAAUUAAAAUAAUAAUAAUAACAAUGAACAAAUAUAAUGUUUUAUAUGUAAGAAAGGUGGUAGUUGUACAUGAUUCUUACACUAUAAAGGUAAGCAUAUUUUGGAAGAGACCUCAUCAAACAAAAGUUGUUGCAAACUCUUUAGUUUUCUGAGAUCUGAAAAGAGCAGCAUGGGUGAAGCAGUGAUGUUCCCUAACUACCAUGAAUUUAAUGGUACGAAACCAAGGGACAUGAACGAUUCAUGGUUUGAAGAAGUGAUCGAUGAUAAUCUUAAAUGGUCUUUCGCAUUAAACAGUGUGCUGCAUAGGGGGAUAAGUGAGUAUCAAGAGAUCGUGCUUUUAGAUACAAAGCGCUUUGGAAAGGCGUUGGUAAUUGAUGGGAAGAUGCAAAGCGCAGAAAGUGACGAGUUUAUCUACCAUGAAUGCUUAAUCCAUCCUUCUCUAUUAUGCCAUCCAAACCCAAAAACAUUGUUCAUAAUGGGAGGAGGUGAAGGGUCUAGUGCAAGAGAAGCACUCAAGCACAAGUCAAUUGAAAAGGUCACCAUGUGUGAUAUUGAUGAGGAGGUGGUUGCAUUCUGCCGCCAACACCUUACUGCAAAUAAAGAAGCAUUCCGCAACAAGUUGCUUGAGCUCGUCAUUAAUGAUGCCAAGAUUGAAUUGGAGGAGAGGAAAGACAAAUUUGAUAUAAUAGUUGGAGACUUGGCUGAUCCAGUUGAAGGAGGCCCAUGCUAUCAACUCUACACAAAGUCUUUUUAUCAAGAUAUUCUUAAACCUAGGCUUAAUCCCCAUGGAAUCUUUGUCACCCAGGCUGGACCUGCAGGGGUAUUCACUCACCAAGAAGUGUUUUCGUCUAUUUACAACACCAUCAAGCAAGUCUUCAAAUAUGUGGUUGCAUACACGACCCAUGUGCCUUCUUUUGCUGACGAAUGGGGAUGGGUUAUGGCAUCAGACUCGCCGUUUUUCAUCGAGGAAGAGACAAUGGACAAGAAAAUACGAGAAAUGAUCAAUGGAGAGUUAUUGUAUUUAGAUGGUGCUUCAUUUUACUCAUUAACAGUUCUUAACAAGAUGGUUUCAUCCUCGUUGAAAAAUGAAACUCAUGUGUACACUGAGCACAAUGCAAGGUUCAUUCAUGGCCAAGGGGUUGGAAAGAAGGAUACCAUUUAAGUGUGUAGUUACUUCUUUUUAAAUUAAAUCUUGAUUUCAUUUGAAGAACAACUGAAGAUGUUAAACAUUUGUAGAAUCACUUGGAAUUAGAGUGGAGUUUAUAAUUGUCGAUACAGUCCACAUGCACCUGUGGUUUUACUCAUGGUCCCAUUUUUAAUAGUAGACAUUUUGUUAUCUUUCACA